UGGAAGCCUUACAAAAUAUGAAAAUUAUAUCAAACUGUCCUUUACUCUCUACUCAGCAAGAAAUGGAGCUUAGUUUUAAUGUUAACCCUGGCUUUGAGGAUCUCAACCCUAACUAUGAUCAUCAAAAAGAUAGUCAGACACUUCUUGGACUAUAUUUGCAUGAAUUGCCAUACCAGAAUGAGCCAAAUAAGGUCUCCAACAGACACAAUUCAAAUGACAUACUUCCUGCUCAGGAAGAAAAUUUAGAUAACAUCUACGUCCAAGUCAAAGGUGUUGAAGGAGGAUGUGAAAUCGAUUUCACCAUUUCUCAAGAUGAUAUCGAGAUUGAAGUCAACCCAGCCUGGUUGCAGGACCAGAUAAAUUCAAUCAAGUGAAAUAACCCUUGCAAUGAAACUUCUGAUGAGUCUCAUAACCAAUUAACCGCCAUCACUAAUAUAAAUCAGGAUGAAAUGUUGGUAACAAAGCUACAAAAGGAAAACAGAAAGAAUCUGGCCGAUUCGACUGAAUCUUCUGAUGUUAAAAUGCAACAUGAGGAUAUCCAGAGUCCAAGAAUUGUUGAAAAAGCCUUAUCAUCUUCUUUUGGUGAUUGUCAAAAAGAAGAAAGCAAUGAAAAACUCAAAUUAGAAAAUUCUUCUAUUAAGAGUGAGAAAACUUCCUCAAAAGAUAGGAACAAUCAAGGAAAAAUAGGUGCAAUUAAGAGUCAAGAUGAGACUAAGGAAUCAGAUAACCCUUUACCUAAGAAGAAACUUAGAUCUCAGAAGAAAAUUGACAACUCAGUGAGGAAGGCUAUAGCCAAAAGGAGACUUGUUAAACCUAUUAGGAAGAGAACCAAGCUCAAAUCCUCAGGUGAAAGCUCCUCCUCAGAGCCCAUGGAUCUAGCUAAAAGAAGAGAUGUAGUUAACAAGACGAUAUUAAGAGUUGUGAGAAGAUAUUUCACCUCAAAAUUCAAGAAGGCUGUAGACAUGAAGUACGGAAAUCCUUCUGAGGCUCAAAAUAGAUAUUUUGAGAACAUCAAAACUUUUUCGCAAAAGUACUUUGGAGAAGAUCAAAAAGUGAACUUAGCAGAAAUUUCGUUCUAUCUCGCAAGCAUCAUCGAGCCAAAGUACAUGAGGGAAGAAGAUAUAAGCAGCUGAGGGUAUACUAAGGAGGACUUCUUGGUAUACCACUAUUGUUUAUAUCGAUAUUCUCAUACCAGACUUGUAAACUUAUUUGAGAACCAGACGCUAAGGUUCCUUUACUGCCACUUUUAUACCCAAGGAAGGGAUGAAGUGCUAACUAGCGAGCCUUCUCUGGUCAAGAACAAGGAUCUGUAUUCCAAAGUAAUGCUUGAGUUUAAAGACCCUCAGCAUUUUCUUAAGCCUCUUUCUUAACCACUAAUUAGGAUUAAUAAACAUUUUCG